AUGAGUCUGGACGAAGACGCCCGCUGGCUGGACUGGGUCACCAACCAGUUUGAGAGCAUCGCCGGGGACGACCAGGAGAUCGACCUCGAGGAGUUCAAGACGGCUCUGAAAGUCAAAGAGUCGUUCUUCGCCGAGCGUUUCUUCGCACUGUUCGACUCUGACGGCAGCAGCUCCAUCAGCCUGGACGAGCUGCUGAAGGCCCUGGACCUCCUGAUCCACGGCAGCGAGACGGACAAACUCAAGUUCCUGUUCCAGGUCUACGACGUGGACGGCAGCGGUUCGAUCGAUCCAGACGAGCUGCGAACGGUUCUGAAAUCGUGUCUGCGUGAGAGCGCCAUCUCUCUGCCGGAGGAGAAGCUGGACGACUUGACGCUGGCGCUGUUCGAGUCGGCCGAUAAGGAUAACAGCGGCUCCAUCACCUUCGAGGAGCUCAAAGCUGAGCUGGAGAACUUCCCCGAGGUGAUGGAGAACCUCACCAUCAGUGCUGCUAACUGGCUAAAGCCUCCUCAGGAGGAGCAGCAGAAGCAAGGUGCUCCUCGUUACCUGACAAGAGCUUACUGGCUGAACAACAGCAGGAAGCUGCUCUUCCUCGUCCUCUACACCUUCCUCAGUGUGCUCCUCUUCAUCACGGCCAUGAUGCAGCACAGACCUGGGGGGGGGUGGUUCAUGGUGGCCAAGGGCUGUGGACAGUGUCUCAACUUCAACUGCACCUUCAUCAUGGUGCUGAUGCUGCGUCGCUUCCUCACAUGGCUGAGGGCCACCUGGGUGGUGAGGGUCUUACCUCUGGACCAGAACAUCCUGCUGCACCAGAUCGUGGGCUACGCCAUCCUCUGCUACACGCUGGUCCACACCACCGCUCACAUCUUCAACUUUGUGCAGCUCUCACAGAGCGGAGACUACCGGCUGUGGGAGUACCUGCUGACCACCCGGCCCGGCAUCGGGUGGGUGAAGGGGACGGCGUCUCUCACCGGAGUCGUCCUGCAGCUGGUGAUCUGCCUCAUGGUGCUCUGCUCCAGCACCUUCGUACGACGCAGCGGACACUUUGAGGUGUUCUAUUGGUCUCAUCUGUCCUACAUGUGGAUCUGGUCUCUGCUGAUGGUCCACUGUGCAAACUUCUGGAAGUGGUUUGUGUUUCCUGGUCUGCUCUUCCUGCUGGAGAAGAUCGUGGGACUUGCAGUGUCUCGUAUGGGAGGUCUUUACGUCGUAGAGGUCAACCUGCUGCCCUCUAAGGUGACUCACCUGGUGAUCAAACGUCCUCAGUUCUUCCACUUCAAACCCGGAGAUUAUGUUUACAUCAACAUCCCGACCAUCGCCAAGUACGAGUGGCACCCGUUCACCAUCAGCAGCGCUCCAGAGCAGUCAGAGAGUCUGUGGCUUCACAUCCGCUCGAUGGGUCAGUGGACCAACCGUCUCUACGAGUACUUCAGACAACCAGAGAGCCGAGACCUCAACCCCAAGAGACUGGAAGCCAGUCUGAGGACCCGGAGACAGAGGAGGAAGGCCCAGGAGAUCUUGUUCAGCUCCACAAACGGAACCGUAGCCUCUAAUGAGGAUGACGCCGUCGAGCUGAUGAUGUAUCGUCAGAACGGAUCCUGGUCCGACGUUGUCCCGGUCCAGAUCCAGGUCUCGGACCCGGUGUCGAACCUGGACCCCCCGACGUCUGGAUCCCAGGGCUCGGUGGAGCCUCUUGCAGACAGGCUGGAGCCGACAGAGAGAGGAGAAGCUCCUCCCCCGAGAGAGGUUUCUGCCAAGUUUGGUGAGAAUCACAGAUUCUGUAACAUCAAGUGUUACAUAGACGGACCGUAUGGGACCCCUACCAGACAGAUCUUCACUUCGGAGCAUGCGGUCCUGAUCGGGGCCGGUAUCGGGAUCACGCCGUUCGCCUCCAUCCUGCAGAGCAUCAUGUACCGGUACCGCAUGAGGAAGCAGAACUGCCCCAGCUGUAACUAUUCCUGGUGCGAGAACAUCAAAGACAGCGAGAUGAAGCUGCGCAAAGUGGACUUCAUCUGGAUCAACAGAGACCAGAAGUCCUUUGAAUGGUUUGUGAGUUUACUGACUAAACUGGAGAUGGACCAGGCUGACGAGGAACCCGAAGGCCGCUUCCUGGAGAUGCACAUGUACAUGACGUCAGCGCUCAGCAAGAACGACAUGAAGGCCAUCGGCCUGCAGAUGGCGCUCGACCUGCUUGCCAAGAAGGAGAAGAAGGACUCCAUCACUGGACUGAGGACCAGAACCCAACCGGGACGCCCCGAGUGGGGCAAGGUGUUCCAGAAGAUGUCGGAGGAGAACAAAGGGAAAGUCCACGUGUUCUACUGCGGCUCCACGGCGCUGGCUAAAGUCAUCAAAGCCCAGUGUGAAGUCUUCAGCUUCAACUUCUACAAGGAGAACUUCUGAGUGUGUGUGUGUGUGUGUGUGUGUGUGUGUGUGUGUGCGUAUGCGUGUGUGUGUUUCCUGCCUGUACUGCUGUGGUUUUAAUUGUUACACAUUGUUGGUAUUAAGUUCCCGUUUUGAU